GGGUGCGGGGCGAGGCGGGGCGGUGAGGAUGGAUGUUCUCCGCUGGCUCACGGCCUCUGUGCUCUGCACCGCCGUCCGAGCACAGGACUAUGGGCUCUCCCGCUCACCCCCCCGCUUUGGCUCCAUCUACCACACCCGAGGUGUCAUUAACCUGCCCUACGCCGAGAUUGAGGAGCCCUUUGAAGCCUGGUACAACCUGACAGGGAACAAAAGCCGGAUCCAGUAUUAUGGGGGGCAGGUGAUCACCUACCAGCUGGCAGCAGUGAAGCCAUAUGGGAUGCGGUACAAGAUCACACCAGAGACCACCGAGAAGGAGGUGAACACCAGGAAAUGCUUCCAGCUGCCAGGCUCCAAGGAGGACGUGGUCAAGGCUCAGAGCGUCUUCCCCAACCUCGAGGGCUUCAAGUUCGUGCGGGAGGAGUACUACCAGGGCCGGUACUGUGCCGUCUGGCAGAAUGUCACCCACUGGGCACAGAAGAAGAACGUUUACACCCUCUGGGUGACCAACUCCAGCUGUGGGGUGGCCCCUGUACACUACGAGAUGCGAGGCUACAACAGCCUCCUGGGCUCCCACUACGACAAGUACGAGAUCACCUACACUGACUUCGACAACAGCUUCCCCCCCUCCAUCUUCGACCUCCCCGUCAAUGAGACAAAGAAGUGUGGGGGGCUGCCGGGGAGUGAGGUGGAGCACAGGGUGCUGGUGAACCCCAUGGAGGACCUGGUGGGACGGCACCAGCCCUGGGCCCAUGAGGUCUUCCACCAUUACCAACGGCGGAUGGGGAGGCGAUACGGCUCCUUGCGGGAGCUGGAGCACAGGCAGAGCAUCUUUGUGCACAACAUGAGGUUUGUGCACUCCAGGAACCGUGCUGCCCUCUCCUACACGCUGGCUCUGAACCCUCUGGCCGACCGCACAGCCCAGGAACUGGCAGCCCUGCGGGGCCGGCGCCGGAGCGCGGCUCCCAACCACGGGCAGCCCUUCCCCAGCCAGCUCUACAGCGGCCUCAUCCUGCCCGAGAGCCUCGACUGGCGCAUGUAUGGUGCUGUGACCCCCGUGAAGGACCAGGCUGUGUGCGGGUCCUGCUGGAGCUUUGCCACCACAGGUGCCAUGGAGGGUGCCCUCUUCCUCAAGACUGGUGUGCUGACCCCCCUGUCCCAGCAAGUCCUCAUCGACUGCUCCUGGGGCUUUGGGAACUACGCCUGUGACGGGGGUGAGGAGUGGAGAGCCUAUGAGUGGAUCAAGAAACACGGUGGCAUCGCCAGCACUGAGUCCUACGGGCCCUACAAGGGGCAGAACGGCUUGUGCCACUACAACCAGUCUGAGAUGCUGGCCAAGAUCACAGGCUACGUCAAUGUCACCUCAGGCAACAUCACAGCCCUCAAAGCUGCCAUCUACAAGCACGGCCCCGUGGCUGUCAGCAUCGAUGCCUCCCACAAGUCCUUCUCCUUCUACUCCAAUGGCAUCUACUAUGAGCCCAAGUGUGAUAACGAGCCUGGGACGCUGGACCAUGCUGUGCUGGCCGUGGGCUACGGGGUCCUGCAGGGAGAGACAUACUGGCUCAUCAAGAACUCCUGGUCCACAUACUGGGGCAAUGAUGGCUACAUCCUCAUGGCCAUGAAGGACAACAACUGUGGUGUGGCCACUGAAGCCACCUACCCCACGCUGGCCUGAGUCUCCAGGCUCUGCAGGGAGAGCCCUCGGGGGUGCUCAGUGUGCUCCUCCCUGGGUUAAUCCCAGAGUAGGGGGGGCUGGAAGGGCCCUGCAGAGUUCAUCCAGCCCCAGCCCCUGCUACAGCAGGUUCCCCUGGCUCAGGGGGCACAGGAACAUGUCCAGCUGGGGUUGGAAACCUCCUGAGAAGGAGCCUCCACACGCUCCCUGGGCAGCCUGGGCCAGAGCUCCCUCACCUCAGCACCAAAGGACUCUCUACUCCAGUGCUAGGGGAACUUUUUGUGUUCCAGCCUGUGCCUGUUCCCCCUUCUCCUGUCACUGGCCACCACACAACAAAGUGUCACCUCAUCCUCCUGACACCCACCCUUUAGGUGCUGAUCAGUGUUGCUGAGGUGCCCCUGAGCUCAGGCUUCUCUUCCCCAGGCUGAACAGCCCCAGGGCUGCAGCCUUUCCUCCUCACACUGAUGUUCCAUCCCCUCAGCAUCUUGGGAGCCUUGGAUAAGCCCCUGCAUGAGCCACCAUGCAGCAGGACAUUGGGGACAGGGUGAGACAGGGCCGUGGGGUGCUGGACAAGGGGCAGAAUGGGGACCCAGCUGGGGGAUGGUCCCAAUAAAGCCCCUGGA